UCAGGGCCUGGUGUGGGUGGCCGCAGGCUUCGGCAGGCGCCACCGCGCUCCUUCUGUUGCAGCCGCCGCAGCGGCCGGGCCCACCGUGGCCUCCAGGGCAGAGCGAGGCCGUGGCGGUUCAGGAUGAGGCGCGCAGGGUCGCCGUGGUCCUCCGUGGCGCUGCCCAGCAAGAGGUAGUCAGCGCCAGGGCGCAGGCGCAGGCAGCCGCAGGCCAGGUCGGCACGGGGCACCCAGGCCUCCUGGCCGCCGCGGCGCACGGGCCACGCACGCUGUUUGAACACGGCCAGCACGUGUACGGCCAGCCGCCACCAAUCGGGGCCUACCGCCUCAGACAGCGGCGACGACGAGGAGGAGGACGACGACGAGGACGACCACGCUGAAACCUGUGCGGACUCUGCAACCUGGGCGUGCAGAACUGAGGGAAGACACCAUGUCAGGUCCCCAGGGCUGCACUUGUCUUACUGUGGGUAGCUGUGGUCAUACUCAGGCAUACAGCCUCCCUAGCACCCAGACCCUGUCCAAGUCCUGCAUGAAGCCUGCCCCAGCGUCAGGACACGUGUAUAGCCAGAGAAGAGAGCUGAGGGAAGGUUGUGGUGGUGGAGCUGGAAACCAACAACUCCUUGGAGUUGGAAAGCAGACCCCUCAGGGACCCUUGCCAGCCAUGCCACCCGAGACUGCGUGGAACAGGAGCACUGUCGCCCCCAGCAGGCUUGCAGCCUGGUGGCCCAGAACAAGCUGGCCCAGAAGGAGCCAAGCAGUGCUCCAAGGACUCAGGACCAUCUGCCCACCCCUCUCCACCUUCUACCUCUUCUUUGUGAUCUUUGUGGUGUCUACCAUCUUCCACUGCCACCAACGCCUGGGUCUGGUCCCUGCCCCCUGGGCCUCGCCAGCCCUUGUGGUCUUACCCCCAAGACACCUGCCUCGGGAGGGCAUGUUCACCAUCAAUGUCAGAGGCCGGCUGGGGAACCAGAUGGGCGAAUAUGCCACGCUGUUUGCACUGGCCAGGAUGAAUGGACGGCUAGCCUUCAUCCCUGCGACCAUGCACAGCACACUAGCCCCCAUCUUCAGGAUCAGCCUCCCGGUGUUGCAUAGCCACACAGCCAGAAGGAUCCCAUGGCAGAAAUACCAUCUCAACGACUGGAUGGAGGAGCGCUACCGCCAUAUCCCCGGACACUAUGUGCGCUUCACAGGGUACCCGUGCUCCUGGACCUUCUACCACCACCUGCGCCCAGAGAUCCUGAAGGAGUUCACCCUGCACGACCACGUGCGUGAGGAGGCCCAGGCCUUCCUGCGAAGUCUGCGGGUGAAUGGGAGCCAGCCGAGUACCUUUGUGGGUGUUCAUGUGCGCCGAGGGGACUAUGUGCGUGUCAUGCCUAAGGUGUGGAAGGGCGUGGUUGCUGACCGGGGUUACCUGGAAAAGGCCCUGGACAGGUUCCGAGCACGCUAUUCAUCUCCAGUUUUUGUGGUCACAAGCAACGGUAUGGCCUGGUGCCGGGAGAACAUCAACGCCUCCAGAGGGGACGUGGUGUUUGCUGGCAAUGGCCUUCAAGGAUCGCCUGCCAAGGACAUUGCAUUGCUCAUGCAGUGCAACCACACUGUCAUCACCUUGGGUACCUUUGGGAUCUGGGCUGCCUACCUCACAGGUGGGGACACUGUUUACCUGGCUAACUUUACCCAGCCCAGUUCUCCCUUCCACAAGGUUUUCAAGCCAGAAGCAGCUUACCUGCCUGAGUGGGUGGGCAUUGCUGCUGACCUGGGACAGCCAAACACAAGAUCCACUAGCCAUGCCUCAGCCAGGGCCCCCAAGAGGCACCAGGGGGCCUUGUUGUAGUGUACUUGCUCAAGAUCCCAUGUGGAUUUCCAGUCCUGUCUUACAUGCUUCUCAGCUUAGCGACUACAGGUCAGUGAUGUCACAUCACUGCCUUCCUGAAGCUCUGAGCACUGCCUGGGCUUAGCGCAGCAGCAACACGCACAGGUGCUUUGAGCUCUUCCAUGCCUACACUGUUAGCCACCAUAGGCCUACCAUUCACUGCAUCUGGAGUACUGUCUCAUGGAGGCCAGUGUGUAGUUAGGGUUUCUAUGGAUGUGAUAAAACACCAUGACAGUAAACAAGUUGGGUAGCAAAGAGCUUACUUCAGCUUACACUUCCACGUCACAGCACAUCAUUGAGGGAAAUCACAGCAGGAACCUGGAGACAGGACCUGAUACAGGGGCUAUGGAGGAGUGCUGCUUACUGGCUUGUUCUCUGUGCCUUGUUCAGCCUGCUGCCUCAUACCACGCAGACAGUGUAGCAGGACAUUUCCAGCACACUUGCCUUGGAGCACAAAGCCUCUGAGCUACCUCAGUCCCUGCAGGGGACCUGGUUACUGUUCCCUGCUCUGGUCUCAUCAGGUGUGAUGGAACACAGAGGCACUUUUGGAGGUGAGCAGAUGGCAGUGGGAGCCAUGAGAGGAAGGGCGCCCUGCCCAGCUUCAUGUUUGCUUGGCCUUGCUUGAACAAAGAUACAAAUGGCCUUUACUUUGUAAAGCCCUAGGGAGGGCUGGUAAUCUGCCAGUAGCAAUAAAUGCACGUUCAUCCAGCAAA